AUGUCCCCUCCUCCUCUUUAUAGUGCCUUAAAGGGUGAACUCGAUGAUGAAAGUCCUGUGAUUGAUCUUGAUCUCUCCACAAUGAAUUGUUAUGCUUAUCCCCAUUUACCUAUCUUGGAGAGUAGUGCUUCUACUUGGAUCCUUCCAUUUUCUGAUGAAACCAUGAUCAGGGAUAACAAGAGGAAGAGAACCUUAAGCAUCCCCGUUUACAUUGGAAAUUUUAGCAGCAAUGGAGGUAGUGAAUGUUGCUAUAGUUUCCUCAAUAGUAUCAAUAUCAACAGUGGCGGCGGCAGUGUGAAUAACAUACCAAAGCUCCAAUUCAGAGAUCACAUAAGGACUUAUACACAAAGAUACCUUGCUGCUGAAGCUGUUGAAGAUGCAGCAGAAGAUAUGAUCAAUUAUGAGGGUGUUAGAGCUGAAGAAGAUGAAUGUGCUGAUGGAAUGAGGCUUGUUCAGCUUCUAAUUGCUUGUGCUGAAGCCGUGGCAUGUCGUGACAAAUCACAUGCUUCAAUAUUAUUAUCAGAACUUAAAGCCAAUGCUUUGGUAUUUGGGUCCUCAUUUCAGAGAGUAGCAUCUUGUUUUGUGCAAGGUCUAGCUGAUAGGCUUACUCUGGUUCAACCAGUUGGGCCUGUGGGAGUUAUGCAAUCAAUGAUGAACAUUAUGGAUGCUGCAUCAGAAAAAAUGGAAGAAGCUUUCAGGUUGGUUUAUGAAAUCUGUCCACAUAUUCAGUUUGGACAUUUUGUGGCUAACUCCACAAUGUUGGAAGCCUUUGAGGGUGAGAGUUUUGUUCAUGUGGUUGACCUUGGCAUGACCCUUGGUCUUCCUCAUGGCCACCAGUGGCGGGGACUAAUCCAAAGCCUUGCUGACCGUGCCGGCCACCGUGUUCUUCGCCGCCUUCGAAUCACGGCUGUCGGCCUUUGCAUUGCUAGACUCCAGGUCAUUGGUGAUGAACUCUCAGUUUAUGCAAAUAAUUUGGGUAUUAAUUUGGAGUUCUCAGUGGUGCAGAAGAAUUUGGAAAAUUUGCAACCUGAUGACAUAAAAGUGCAUGAUGAAGAGGUUCUUGUGGUUAAUAGCAUUCUUCAGCUGCAUUGUGUGGUUAAAGAAAGCCGUGGUGCUUUAAAUUCAGUGCUUCAGAUGAUUCAUGGGCUUUCCCCAAAAGUCCUGGUCAUGGUUGAGCAAGAUUCAAGUCACAAUGGACCCUUUUUUCUUGGGAGGUUUAUGGAAUCAUUGCACUAUUACUCUGCUAUUUUUGACUCAUUGGAUGCUAUGUUGCCAAAGUAUGACACUAAGAGGGCCAAAAUGGAGCAGUUUUUCUUUGCUGAGGAGAUAAAGAACAUUGUGAGCUGUGAGGGACCAUUGAGGAUGGAGAGGCAUGAGAGAGUGGAUCAAUGGCGCAGGAGGAUGAGCAGGGCUGGUUUUCAAGCUGCACCUAUUAAGAUGGUGGCUCAGGCUAAGCAAUGGCUUCUCAAGAACAAGGUUUGUGAUGGUUAUACAGUUGUUGAAGAGAAAGGGUGCUUGGUGCUUGGUUGGAAAUCAAAGCCAAUUGUGGCAGCUUCUUGCUGGAAAUGCUAA